AACUCCCUAGAGUCGCUGGUAUCGAUAUCUGAAUAUUGAACUCUCACACACAUUGACGGACAUUACACGAUGGUGGCCAAAUUGUCUGCGGUGGGGAGUGUGAUGCUGCUUGCUGGCCUGCUGGCGCACAUCGUCAGCUUCUGCAGCCCAUACUGGCUGGUGGUCAGUGGAGUGGACUUCGGGUUGUGGCAGGUCUGUGUUCGGAGGUCGUGUGUGUCCUUCCUGGUGGGCGAGGUGCAGCUCACUGGCUGGUUCCACGCCGUUCAGGCCACUACAGCCUCCGGGCUUCUGUUCACCAUUGUGGCCUUUGUGACGUCCGUGAUCAACGCCAGGGCUCCCCGUCCCAGGCUCAGCCUCGUUCCUGGAACCUUCGUCCUCAUAGCAGCUAUCCAGAUCGGCGUCGGAGCCUUCAUCUAUGCAGUGAAGCAGUGGAGUGUUUCCACGUCCCUGGGGUGGGCCUUCUACCUGGAGUGUGGAGCAGUGGGUGCACUCGUCCUCGCCAGUGUGCCACUCUUCAUAUCAGCAGCCGUGACUAGGUCAAAGUCAAGGACCGUCGAUCUGACUGUCCGCUUUGCCGACGAUCCCAACAGACCUACGACUGAACUGUGAUGGUGCUUAGUUCCGUGUGAACACUGGAAAGGGGGAAACUCACAUAUGAUACAGUGAUAGUGCUGGAAUAUUUGACAAAAAACAGCGUAAAACCAUACUCGCUUACAGUGAUAAGACUUCCGUGUGCAUCCUUCAUCCACCUGGGAGGACGGACAUACCACCUUGUACAGAAAGAUGACUUCUUGUAGAGAGUGAUUUCUGCUUGUGACCUGUUCAUUACCUGGGAUAUUGUAAAUAUGUGAUUUGAGGAGAAACCUCUUGCGCUGGGAAGGCAAUACAAAGCAAUCAUUAUCAAAACCAUGAUCGAUGGCUUGUAUAGUUUAUAUACCAUACCUAUAUACCAUAUAGGUCAUUUUAAUCAUGUAGAUAUAUCAGCGCUGAAGAUAUAGCGCUGUUCGAAAUAGACAUCGGCCCGUAGGCCCGAGGCCGACAGAUUCAUUCUCGGGCCGAUAGUUUUAAAUUCCAGCAAGCCCUUACGGAUUGCAGUUUAUUAUGUAAUUAUUUAUUAAGCAUUAUUCAAGUAAUGUGAUAAACAUAAAUUUCAUAUUUAUAAACAGUGGGAGGAUUAGACCUUUCAAAUGGUGCAUAACAUGUGGUAGCAAAGAUGUUUUACAAGCUGAUAAUGUCCUUGAUAAUUGCGAGCUUCAUGUCGCACCACAGAGUCUUUGGGAACUCGAUGUGAUAGUAAAGCAGUUAAAGCUUCUGGUUGACUGCUUGUGUUUUGUAAUUUAUAUUGUCUCCCUGCUUCAGCAAAAAUGUUUGGUCCUACAGAUAUUUUUCCACGGGGCCUACAGUUUUGGAAAUAUUCUGGCCCUCAAGACACUGUUUCAGACGCUGCUUUUUUCAAUUUCAUACAAUGUGGGAAACCAAUUUGUCGUGUCCCCCGCCGUGAUUAUGCUGGAAAAAUGCUUAAGCGGCGAAAAAACAUACACCCUCACUAUAACUUACUAUAUAUAUAUAUAUAUACUCGUCGUUAAGGCACCUUGAGCUCCAUCAUAUAUAUAUGCUCGUCGUUAACCUAUAUGAAUAUAGGGCACCUUGAACUCCAUCAUAUAUAUAUACUCGUCGUUAACCUAUAUGAAUAUAGGGCACCUUGAGCUCCAUCAUAUAUAUAUACUCGUCGUUAACCUAUAUGAAUAUAGGGCACCUUGAACUCCAUCACAUUCAUUGUUUCACGUAUACAUUGUCCAUCCAAAUUGAUGAUAAACUAUUGCCAUUGAUUUGUGUAAGUGUCUCUUAUAAAUAUAUCCAAAAUUUUGGAUACUGUCAUAUUUAAUGUUUCUGUAUGUGUUAUUUUGAUAUGACCAUUCUCAAUAUAUAACCCAUUUUCAAUUUGAAA